CACGUGAGACGUAGCUCGUAGCUGAUUUCAGUUGUUACCGCCGACCAUGUGCAGCAGCAACAGCAAUGUUUUUUUCUGGGGACGAGGUGAUGCAAAACUACGAUCUAAUGGACGAGUUCUUGGUUUUCCAUCCACCCCGUACCCAAGAACAAUUUCCUUCAUGUCCCACACCGGAACCGUUGUGGGACAAGGAGUCUACAUUGAAAUUAAUUGAAUUCUAUAGAAUUCAUCAUGAACGGCUCGGUAAGAGCCGUGAUCUGAAGAGGAAGCAGCAGUUAUGGGACGCGAUGUCCACGUAUAUCACGAAAGCGCUGGGAAAGACGUUCUCGCCAGCGCAAUGGGAAAACAAAUGGCGAUGUUUGCUACGUUCUUAUAAGGGCGUAGUGGACAAUAACAAAAAGUCGGGGAGAGGUCGGAAAGAUUUCGUAUAUAUGAAGGAAAUGGACGAAAUCUUCGAAAAAAAGACCAACAUUUACCCGGAGAUUUUGCUUGAUGGUGCAAACGUUGUGGCGAAGGCAGCGACCACCGACCAACCAAGCGACCAGGCUGUUCCAGGUCCAUCGGGAUACUCGACGAAGGUAAAAUUGCUGAGGGGGUCACUUUCCAGAGAAUUCUGGAUGAUGUGCAGGACUCAGUUCAUUCCAGCGGAGUGGAGAGGCUGCAUCUCCUGACUCGACAUGACCUUCAUAACAUUAAGAGAGACUUCGCCAUUGGUGAUGAUCAGCAGCAUAAAAUUGAUGAAGUCAGUGUUAGUAUGUGGUUGGAGAAAAUGAAAGACUGUGUUCUCCUCUAUAAGAAAGAAGGUGAGGCCAGGGAAGAUUUUGAUAGGACUGACUCGGUGAUAGUGUUAAUGACUGACUACCAGAAGCAGUUAUUACAGAGAUUUGGACAAAAUAUUGUAUGUGUAGACUCCACACAUUGUACAAAUGUUUACAAACUGUUGGUGACCACAUUGUUAGUGGUAGACGAUUUUGGUUCAGGUAUGCCUGUAGCAUUGUGUGUUUCAAAUCGGGAGACUACUUCCAUAAUGACACAUUUCUUUAGUGCUGUGAAAGAGAGAGCUGGCAUCAUAAAAACGUCUGUAUUCAUGUCCGACGACACUAAUACUUUCCGCAGUGCAUGGUCACGAGUCAUGGGACCUGCAGAAAAUAAUCUACUGUGUGCUUGGCACAUAGACCGCAGCUGGCGGAAUAAUUUGAAGAAAGUCCAUGGCAAUGAAGAGAAGAAAGCACUUGUGUACAAAGCUCUUCGUACAUUGCUUGAAGAAGCAGACAUAGACAAUUUUAAUGAGCUGCUGGAAUCGUUCGUCGGGCAGCUUCAAGCAGAUGAAGGUACAAGAGACUUUGGUGUAUAUUUCUCGUCAAAUUACUUAUUCCGGCCUCAGCAGUGGGCAUACUGUCACCGUCACAAUCUGGGUAUAAAUACAAAUGUGCACCUUGAAGCAAUGCAUAGAGUUUUAAAAUAUUGUUAUCUAGAGGGAAAAACAAACAAUAGACUUGACAGUCUACUUGUUGUGUUGAUGAAAUUGGUGUGUGACAAACUGUGUGCUCGAAUGGUUAAACUGUAUAAGGGUGGCCAUUCAUAUAGAAUCAAUCUUAUUGAGGCUCAUCAUAAAGCUUCAUGUAGUAUUAAGGAGAAUGACAUUACAGUCAAUACUGAUGGUACAAAGUUUCAUGUGAAAUCCCAAACACAUUGUGGUGUAACACAAACUGUGAUUUUAAAUAACAUUGAAUGUAAAUUUGAGUGCAAGUUGAAGUGCUCCAAAUGUAAUAUAUGUAUACAUGCUUUUAGUUGUUCUUGUGUGGACAGUUUAAUUCAUUUGAACAUGCAAGCACAUUCAUGCAGUGUCAAUGACGUAUGCAUUACAUUCAAGUGCCACAUUUACACCAAGUGAAGCAACGGUGACAGAAGAGGCUUCUGCCAUUUUGUGUUCACUGUAAACGAAUACUGAUGAUCACGAGAACACAUCUCUGGCCCGAGAACUAGUGUCCACAUACCAAAUUUUGAUUAACCGUGUCAGUUCAGGUAAAGUGUCCACAGAAAUCCUGAAGUCACUACAGAAGGAUGCAGCUCAUUCGCUGUCACUUUUUCAAUCAGACUGCAGGGAAGCUCCACGACGCCCCAGCAACGAGAAGGUGAAAGUGCAACGAAGACCUGGUAAAUGUAACAAACAGCCAAAGGGCAGUUUGAAGAAACCAACUCUUGCUGAAAAAGCAAAUAUUGUUUAGGCACUGAGGCAGCCUGAAAGUGAAAUAUUAAAUGUUCACUUAAAUUCUGACCAUAAUUACUGUCGGUACUAAGUUUUAGAUGUGUAUGUGCUUCUGUACAUUCCAUGGUUUGUAGGCCUACUGGGGAAACUCGCCAUGUAAAACAGAGUAAUGCAUUGUGCUUGGUACCCCUGUUGGUGAUGUGGAAACCCAAGUGAUAUUAAUAAAGAAAAUAAAAUCUUUUUGCAGUGUUGUUUUUCAAUUGAUACCUUUAUCCUUUUAUUUGUAUGUGCAAUUAAAACCUUCAUUUGAAAUACUACUCGAUUACAUUAAAAUGAAUUGCUGUGUAACUAGUGAAGAAAAUUGACAUCUGCAGAGCUUGUGUGGC